AUGGGCAAUUGCAAUUCUUAUGAUAAAAUAACCUUAUUGAGUGGAAGACUUAAGCAGAUGAAAUUGCUUACUGACAGAGGAGACUACACUAUCUAUGAACACAUCUAAGAGGAGAAAUAAUAUGAAUAUUGGGUAUGGAAGUCAGAACAAGACACUUUUGAAGAAGCUGAAUUGACUGCUUAAGAUUUUCAAUCAUGCGAAUCAAUAACCAAAAUCUGUUAUCACUCGAGAGGUUAUAUAUCUGAAACCUUUACUAAACAAUACAUAUUCGCCAUGCUUAUGGAACAUCCUUCCUACAAUUUAUGGGAGUAUUUAAAUAGAUAAAAAAUACUCUCCUAAAAUUAGAUCAUAAAUAUUGUAGUUAACAUCAUAGAAGCAUAAAGAAUAUUAAGAGAUAGUUAUUAAUAUUUGGGGUUCUAAAAUAUAUAUACGAAAGAUGGGAAUCACUGGAUGCUUAAACCUUUCUAAUAAAAAAAAUCUUUUGUGACCAAUAAUAAACAAUUUGAAGGCUACCCAGCUCCAGAAGAGUUUAUCAAUACUAAAUUUGAUGUCGAAAGAGCUACUAUUUUUGGUUUUGGGAUGUUGUUGUUACAUUUAAUUUUAAAUAAAAGUAAUCAGGAUCUAUAUAAGGCAUCUAGAAUUGACGAGAAUGCUUUGAGCAUUAGAAUCCAAGAAUUAUUAUAGAAGAAAAAUUAUGAUCAAGAGUUCUUAAAAAUAAUUGUUUAGAUGUUAAACAUUGAUCCGAAUUAUAGACCUGAUUAUACAAAGUUAGUUAUUUUAUUAGCAAUCAAAAACAUUGGAUUGUCCUCUCAAUAAUAGAAUAAGUUGUCAUAAGUUUUAAAUCAAAGUUAAAGCAGCAAGAAAAGUGGAAUCCUUAAUGGAUUGGUGUCAGUGCCUCUAGAAAAAGAGAAAUAUAUCAUCAAAUUACUUAACAGUCAAUAAUAGAUUUAAAAAAUAGAUGAAGAAAUAGAGGAAUCGAUGAAUUCUGCAAAUAAAUAAGUUGACGAAGUCAUAAAUGCAUACUCUGUUAUUUAUUAUAAUAAUCAUUAAAUUUUGAAUGAAGCCUUUGAUUACAAUGAUUUUACAAAUGUUAUGAAUUAUGCAACUAGAUAUGAGGGAUAAGUUAAAAAUAAAAAAAAACAUGGUCCAGGAACAUUGUAUUUAUCAAACAAUGAAUAUUUUUAAGGGAACUUUGUAAAUGAUUUGAUAGAAGGUUAAGGGCAAUUCUAUACUCUCAAUAAGAGUACAAUAAGAGGAGUAUGGAAGGCUCACAGACUUUAAGAGAGGCUAUCGAUUUCUAGAUUCAAACCCUUAUUCUAGUAACAUUAAUAAAUGAGUGAUAAAUGUAAUGUGAGAACACAGGUUUAAAGUGUAGUAGAUGAUGUAGCUGAGGAAAUAUGUUAUUCAAAUGUUGCUCCGAUAUUUGAUGCAUCUACUUAGUUUCAUUAUGAUAAUAAAUAAUAUAAAUCACAAUCGAGUGAUCAAAUUACAUUUCAUUCAACUGUAGAUUUAAAUAAUCGCAGAUAAGGUUACAUAUCAAAUGAAGAAGGAAUGGUCAUAUAUGCUGGCCUGUUUUGUGGUGAUCUAUAUGAUGGUUAUGGAGUACUCAAGAAUCUUAAUCACGAAUAGAUUGAUCUUGUAGAUCAUAUGGAUUUAAAUGUAGCUGGAAAAGCAUGGGUUAAAUAUGAUGGCUAAUUCAAAAUGGGAAAAAAAAAUGGGAAUGGUACUCUACACUUUUCUGAUAAGAGUAUCUUUUAGGGAAAAUUUUAAGAUGAUUAAAUUUCUGGAAUGGGAUAAUUUAUUAAUUCAAAAAAUGAGGUGAUAAAUGGUAGAUGGAUAAAUGGAUUAUAUCAAUAAGAAUCUAAAUGA